AUGAUUAAGAUCUGGUCAAUGAAGAAGGAGGCCGAGAACGGGCAGAAGAAGAAGCCAAAGACGAGUGCUGCUCAGUUGAGGGUGCAGAAGGACAUUACAGAGCUAGAACUACCGUCUACAAUGUCCACUAACUUCCCCAAUCCGUCAGAUUUACUCAACUUUGAGCUGAUUAUACAGCCAGAUGAAGGCAUGUACAAAGGCGGUUCAUUCAAAUUCACCUUCAAUAUUUCCAACAACUACCCGCACGAGGCACCCAAAGUCAAGCUCACCCAGAAGAUCUAUCACCCAAAUCUUGAUCACCAGGGAAACGUCUGCUUGAAUAUUCUCCGCGAAGACUGGAAGCCUGUUCUCAAUCUCAACGCUCUUGUCGUUGGUUUACAGUAUUUGUUCCUCGAACCCAACGCAGAGGACCCACUCAACAAGGACGCUGCCAACGAUCUACUCAGAGAUCGCAACCAAUUCAAAUCCUGGGUGGCUGCUUCCAUGUCUGGCAAGCCUGUCAAAGGUGAGCCAUACGAUUACGUCUUAGCUAGAUAG